CCAGCAAGUUGUGACAUAUUUCAGCGUUGCUUUUUCUCAGGAAACGUCAACUUCCGCCUUCUGUCUUCUCGAGCACCUAUUUGUGUUCAGUCAAGUCCACGUGGGAGAGAAGCUGCAGCACUUGCAUGUUCAGAAAACAAGAGGUUUCUACUUAUAGAAACCUUAUCGGCAAAUAAACAGAGCACAAGUGCGCCGUUACCCAGCAUAGUUACGGACCCGCGGAGGGAUCUACUUUCGAUUUUCGUUGAGAGGCGCGGAAGAGUUUCGAAGCGCCCCCUCACUUAAAAAGUGCUUCUUCAGUAGAUUUAAUAAUGCAGCAGUAGAGGGACUUAGUUCGUGACGAGGCACUGAUGGAGUUUUCUGAACACAUUAAGACCGCCAAUGUGAAGGAUGUUGUCCUCCGACAGCCGCUUCACCCUCCGAGCAGAGGCACACUGUGCAUCACCGGACACCACCUGCUCUUCUCGGACAGGGAGGAGGGCAGCCCCCGGCAGGUUUUACUUCUCCUCAGGAAUAUCGAUGCUGUUGAGAAAAGUGUGGAAAACCUUUCAUCCUAUUCCGGCCUCUUCUCUAAUGCAGGCAACAGUGAAAGAACAUCUGGAUCAUCAGGGACGGUAACCAUCAAGUGUAAAGAUUUGCGUGUUCUUCAGCUUGACAUCCCAGGCAUGGAGCAGUGUCUAAAUAUUGCACACUCCAUUGAGACACUGUCCUGUUUGGACUGUGCCUCGGAGAUGUAUCCUUUCUUUUACAGACCCUCUGAUCUCAGUCUGCAGAACCAGUGGGGUCUCUCGUCCCCUGAGAAGCUCUACAGUCAAACCCUGGAGCUCCAUUAUAAAUGGAGGGUGAGCACUGUGAACAGAAGCUUCUCAGUAAGUCCCUCUUACCCUCCAGCUGUCAUCGUCCCUAAGAUCACAGAUGAUGACAUGCUAAAAAAGGUCGCCAAGUUCAGACAAGGAGGACGCUUCCCUGUCCUCUGCUACUACCACAGAAAGAACGGCAUGGUAAUCAUGCGCAGCAGUCAGCCGCUGCCAGGUGCCAAUAGGAAGCGCUGUAAAGAGGACGAGUUUCUCCUCCAGGCUGUGAUUGAUGGCUCAGACAAAGGUUAUAUUAUCGACACCCGCUCCAGUCAGCAGGCGACGCAGGCUCGGAUGACAGGGGGAGGGUUUGAGUCCAAAUCAUGUUAUAGCCGCUGGAAGAGACUGCACAGACAAAUGGAAAGAGGUAAAGCGCUUCAGGAGAGCCUAAUCAAACUAGUGGAGGCCUGUGGUGAUGAGGCCAAUAAUAUGGAUCGAUGGCUUAGUAAGCUGGAGAAUUCAAAGUGGCUGUCUCAUGUCCAAACUGCUCUGUCAACUGCUGGCUUGCUGGCAGAGUGUGUGGAGAGGGACGGACAUUCAGUUCUAGUUCAUGGCUCUGAAGGGACGGACUCCACUCUGCUCAUCAGCACUCUGGCCCAGCUCAUUAUGGAUCCAAUGUGCCGCUCACUGGAGGGCUUCCUUUCUCUGUUGGAGAGGGAGUGGGUGCAGGCAGGACACCCGUUCAUGCAACGAUGUGCCCACUCUGCCUUCUCCCAUGCCCGUCUCCAGCAAGAAUCCCCAGUCUUCUUGUUGCUGAUGGACUGUGUGUGGCAGCUGUGGCGUCAAUUCCCCCUGGCACUGGGUUUCUCUGAGGCACUGCUCCUGAGGCUAGCAACUGAGGCUUACGCGUCCGACUAUGGCACCUUUCUGUGUAACAGCUAUCGGGAGAGAAUGGCUUUGGGUGUGAUGGAGAAGACUCACUGUUUGUUCCAAGCACUGCUGAGACCCAGGGAGAGAGACUACUACUCUAACCCACUGUAUGAACCCACUGAGCUAGCAAUCUGGCCCUCAGUUCACCCACAGUCCCUGCAGCUUUGGAAAGGUUUUUUUCUGAGGUGGACCCCACAAGCUCGUCACCUCGAAGAGGUUCAGGAGGAAAUCCGGAGUAUGGUCAUUGAGUGGGGGAAGCUGGCACUAAGCUGAUGCCCUUUCAAAACACAAACAACUUAGCAUUCUC